CUGGGGCGUUUCACUGGGACAGCCCGGUUGUGUCCGGGUAAGAUGGCGUUGGAAGAGCAGUGCUCGGCACCACCUCAAUGGCGGUCCAUAUCUUUGACACACGUAGAAUUCCCCGAGGGUGAUCUGACGGGGAAUGUGCUGGCCUACAUCAGUCUCCUACCCAUAGCAAUCCUUGUGGGUUUUGUUACACUUAUAGUGUUUAAACGGGAGCUCCACACGAUUUCUUUCUUUGGCGGGCUCAUCCUGAAUGAAGGGGUAAACUGGCUGCUUAAGAACAUCCUCAGAGAGCCGCGCCCAUGUGCAGGAACACACUCCACCCUGCACACAGAUUAUGGGAUGCCCUCCAGUCACUCCCAGCUCAUCUGGUUCUUUGUUGUUUACUUCUUUCUUUUCCUUUAUUUAAGAAUGCAUCAAACCAACAAUGCUAGAUGUGUGGACCUGCUGUGGAGACACAUACUGUCCAUCAUCCUGUUGGGAGUCGCCUUCUCAGUCUCGUACAGCAGGGUCUACCUGUUGUAUCACACCUGGAGCCAGGUUUUCUAUGGCGGAGUGACCGGUUGUACGAUUGGCAUUGUCUGGUUCUUUUUCACACAAGAGGUGUUGACACCAUUAUUCCCGAAAAUAGCAGCGUGGCCAAUAUCAGAGUACUUCCUGGUGCGAGACACGAGCCUGAUCCCCAACAUCUUAUGGUUUGAGUAUACAGUGACCAGAUCAGAGGCAAGGAACAGACAACGAAAGCUCGGAACCAAGCUUCAGUGAUCCGCACAUUUCUUUUGUGAAACUGAAUUUAGGACCACAUCACACACCACACACACACACACGUACACAGACGCGACACACUGACACUCAAAACACAAACCAACGCUCACCGACAAAAAAAACACACUGGAGAACCAUCUUCUGGACUGACGUGGUGGCGAGGGAAAGAGGGGGCAGAAACCGUUUACAGGUGGCGAUAAGAGUGCCUGGACCUGACCCCGGAGCCUACAGCUUGAGCGAGUCCGUCCACAUGCCUCUCCUCCUUGUACAGCUUGCCCACAAUGCUCUUCAGUGCAUGCAAGACUGCGCAAGAGGCAUACUAUUUAAUGAUAGAUUAAUAUAUAUAUUUUAACUAUAAACGCACGCUGGCAGUAACAGUGUACUGUAAGAGAGAGGAGGAGAGAAGGAGGCUCUGGUCAGACACAUCGGUGGGCGUCAUUGCAGCAUGUAUUUAGUGAUUCCUCUUUUUUUUUUUUUUUACUUUUCUGAUGGGUAGCUGGUGGG